GAGAGAGAGAGAGAGAGAGAGCGAGAGAGAGAGAAAGAGAGAGAGAAAGAGAGAGAGACGUGUUUGCACAAUCCAGCAUCCAUUGCAAUUGACACUUUGAAGAAAUAUAAAGGAAAAGGAAGAGUGUGGAGUGAAGAAGAAAAAGCAUAGCUUGGAUAUUGAACGGAGCGGGGCAUGUGGAUAUUGGCUAUUAUCUUUUUCCAGUGCAUCUUGAAUGUUUUCAGUGAAGACCUACGUUCCAGCUUAUAUUUUGUCAAUGCAUCUGUGCAAGAGGUAGUGUUCGCCAGCACCACAGGGACCUCGGUGCCCUGUCCCGCCGCCGGCGCGGCCCCCGCCUCGCUGCGCUGGUACCUGGCCACGGGCGAGGAGAUCUACGAUGUGCCCGGGAUACGGCACGUGCACCCCAAUGGCACCCUCCAGAUCUUCCACUUCCCCCCUUCCAGCUUCAGCAACCUCAUCCAUGACAACACCUACUACUGCACAGCCGAAAAUCCCUCAGGGAAAAUCAGGAGCCAAGAUGUCCAUAUUAAGGCUGUCCUACGAGAGCCCUACACGGUCCGAGUGGAGGACCAGAAAGCAAUGAGGGGCAAUGUGGCGGUCUUCAAGUGCAUUAUCCCCCCCUCUGUGGAGGCCUACAUCACUGUUGUGUCCUGGGAGAAAGACACAAUGUCAAUCAACGCUGAGAUGUCGCGGUUUCUCAUCACAUCCACGGGAGCCCUGUACAUCCUGGACGUGCAGAUUGAGGACGGCCUGUACAACUACCGGUGCAUGACGCGCCACCGCUACACCGGGGAGACGCGGCAGAGCAACAGCGCUCGGCUCUUUGUCUCCGACCCCACGAACUCGGCGCCCAACAUCCUGGACGGCUUUGAGCGUCGCGAGGUCAUGGCGUCUCACCGGGUGGAGCUGCCGUGCAAGGCGUCCGGUCACCCGGCGCCCAAGUACCGCUGGCUGAAGGACAACCGGCCUCUGGAGCCCGACACGCGCUUCCGCCAGAGCCUCACGGGCCUGCUGAUCGAGCGAGCCCAGCCCAGCGACACGGGCGGCUACGUGUGCGAGGUGUGGAACAGCUACGGCAACGCUGAGGUGGUGGGCCGGCUGCUGGUCAAAGAGCCCUUGAAGGCGGUGGUGAGCCCCAGGAAGGUGAAAGGCAGCGUGGGUAGCCAGGUGUCCUUGUCCUGCAGCGUGACUGGCUCGGAGGAGUACGAGCUCUCCUGGUACCGCAACGGAGAGCUCAUCUACCCUGGGAACAGCGUCCGCAUGACGGGGGACAACCGGGAGAACCUGGUGAUGGCGGGCAUGGCCAAGAGCGACGGCGGGGCCUACCAAUGCUUCGCCAGGAACGGCAAGAUGUCCGCCCAGGACUUUGUCCAGGUCAUCCUGGAAGACGGCACUCCCAAGAUCCUCUCCUCCUUCAGCGAGAAGGUCUUCAACAUCAACGAGUUUGUGUCGCUGGCGUGCACCGUGAAGGGCACGCCGGAGCCGCGCGUCGUGUGGCUGCUGGACGACGAGCCGGUGACCCGCGACAGCCGCCACCGCAUCUCCCACUUCACCAACGCCGAGGGCCACGUCAUCAGCCACCUGAACAUCAGCCACACUCACGUGCCGGACGGAGGGGUCUACCGCUGCACCUGCAACAAUUCGGCCGGGGCAGUUUCCUACCAGGCGCGAAUAAACGUAAGAGCUCCAGUACCCAGCCGCCCUCCAGAGAACGUCCAGGCCACGGCCUCCUCCCCAGAGAUCAUCUCCCUGUCCUGGCUCACCCCUCCCAAGGAGGCUCUCAACGGCAACCUGCUGGGCUUCAGGGUCAUCUACUGGGCCAACCUACCAGACGGAGAACUGGGGGAGAUCAGGAACGUGACCACAUCCAAGCCUUCCCUGGAGCUGGAUGGUCUGGAGAAGUACACCAACUACAGCAUCCAGGUGUUGACCUUCACCCGGGCCGGGGACGGUGUCCGCAGCGAGCAGAUCUACACCCGCACCAAGGAGGAUGUCCCUGGUCCUCCCGCCGGCGUGAAGGCAGCAGCGGCGUCUAACUCGGUGGUGUUUGUGUCCUGGCUUCCUCCUCUUAAACUCAAUGGCAUCAUUAGGAAGUAUACGGUUUUCUGCUCCAAUCCACACCCUACGGUGAGCAGUGAGUUUGAGGCAGCGCCGGAUGUGUUCUUCUACCGGAUCCCCAACCUGAGCAGGACCCGCCAGUACAGCAUCUGGGUGGUGGCCGUGACCGCCGCGGGGCGCGGCAACGCCAGUGACAUCAUCACCAUCAAACCCCUGGCCGAGGCCCCUGCACGGAUCCUAACCUUCAACGGGACCGUCACCACCCCCUGGAUGAGGGACAUUGUGUUGCCCUGUAAGGCGGUCGGGGACCCCGCCCCCACGGUCAAGUGGCUGAAGGAAACCAACGGAAGCCCCGCCCCUGCUGUGAUUGACAGCCGGCGCAGUGUCCAUGGCAACGGCAGCCUGGUGAUCCGCACAGUGAAAGCCGAGGACUCUGGGAACUACACCUGUGUGGCCAGUAACAGCUUCGGCCCUGAUAAGAUCAUCCUCAACCUGCAGGUUCAAGUUCCCCCGGACCAACCACGCCUAACUGUUACCAAGACAACCACCACAUCCAUCACCCUGUCCUGGAUACCUGGGGACAACGGAGGCAGCUCCAUCAGAGGCUACAUCCUGCAGUACUCAGAGGACAACAGCGAGCAGUGGGGGAACUACGCCAUCAGCCCCAGCGAGCGUUCCUACCGGCUGGAGAACCUCAAGUGUGGAACCUGGUACAAGUUCACCCUGACGGCCCAGAAUGCAGUGGGCCCGGGACGGAUCAGCGAGAUCAUCGAGGCCAAGACCCACGGGAAAGAGCCUCAGUACUCCAAGGACCAGGAGCUGUUCACGAGCAUCAACGCCACGCGCGUCAGGCUCAACCUGAUCGGCUGGAACAACGGCGGCUGCCCCAUCACGUCCUUCACCUUGGAGUACCGUCCGGUGGAGUCGCCGGCGUGGACCACGGCCCAGCGCACGUCGCUGACCAAGAGCUACAUCCUGUACGACCUGCAGGAGGCCACCUGGUACGAGCUGCAGAUGAAGGUGUACAACAGCGCCGGCUUCGCCGAGAAGAGGGUCAAGUUUGCCACGCUCAGCUACGACGGCAGCACCAUCGCCCCUCUGGUCAGGGCUCCAAACGGGCCUCCGGAAGGCAGCUCGUCAGGCAACGAGGGUCUGAAGAUGAUGGUGACCAUCUCCUGCGUGCUGGUGGGCAUCGUGCUGGUCUUCACCCUCCUGCUGGUGCUGAGGAGGAGGAGGAGGGAACAGAGGCUCAAGAGACUGAGAGAUGCUAAAAGUUUGGCUGAGAUGCUCAUGAGUAAAAACACCAGACCAGCAGAGACCAUUAACAAGCAGCAGCAGACCCUGCGAAUGCACAUCGACAUCCCCCGAGCCCAGCUCCUCAUCGAGGAGAGAGACACCAUGGAGACCGUUGACGACAGGUCCACCGUGCUGCUGACGGACAACGACUUUGGGGAGACCCAGAAACAGAAGUCCUCCACGGUGACGCACACAGUCCACUACCAGUCCCUGUCCCAAGCCACUGGACCACUGGUGGACGUGUCCGACGCCAGACCUGGAACCAACCCCACAGCCCGGCGUACCGCCAAGGCUGGCCCUGCCGCUCGCAACCGCUACGCAAGCCAGUGGACCCUCAACCGGCCACACCCCCCUGUCUCCGCCCACACGCUGAGCACCGAUUGGAGGCUGCCCACGCCCAGAGUGGCGGGUUCUGUGGACAAGGAGAGUGACAGCUACAGUGUCAGCCCAUCUCAGGACACAGACCGGGCGAGGAGCAGCAUGGUCUCCACAGAGAGUGCCUCCUCCACCUACGAGGAGCUGGCGCGGGCCUACGAGCACGCCAAGAUGGAGGAGCAGCUGCGCCACGCCAAGUUCACCAUCACCGAAUGCUUCAUCUCCGACACGUCCUCGGAGCAAAUGACGGCGGGCACCAACGACUACACGGACAGCCUGACCUCCAGCACGCCCUCCGAGUCGGGCAUCUGCCGCUUCACCGCCUCGCCGCCCAAGCCCCAGGAUGUCAGCCGCGUCAUAAACAUGGCCGUGCCCAAGGCCCACAGACCGGGAGGCGAGCUGGUGCAUCUGCCCCCAUACCUGAGGAUGGACUUCCUGCUCAACCGUGGCAUGUCAUGCUCGGGGACAUCCAGGGGCGGAGCCAGCGGAGAGGGGGCGAUGGGCCAGGCGUGUCUGGAGCCUCAGAAGAGCCGCUCCCUGAAACGCCCCUCGCGCAUGGCCCCCCCUACGCCCACUGAGGCCCCCCAGGCCAGCAGGGACCCAGUGGCCCAGUGGCAGCCCGGCUCAGCUGCCACGCUGCCCCACAGAGAGGGCUCGGAGCUGGCCCAGGCUGCCAAGCUCAGCACUUCCCAGGAGUCCCUGCUGGACUCCAGAGGACACCUCAAACCGAGCAGCAACCCCUACGCAAAGUCCUACACGCUGGUAUAACACCAGGAGCACGGGGCCAGACUCAAACUCACGCUAACACUGGACUUAACACUCAAGUGCAGUAAGCUGACUCUCACCACGCAGUCCUGUAUAUACGUUCCCCUUUUCUUCAACGAGGGGUCACUUUUACUAAUCUCCUUUAUUAUUUAUUUUGGAGCUUUCUUUCCUUUCUUGUUUGUUUUUUUUUAACUCGUGAGACAAAUUCACUCAUCUGAAGUGACUCCAGGGGGAGCUUGCCAAACUAAUUGCGUUAUGAAGGGAACAUUAUUUAUUCUUUAUUAUUCUUGUUAAUUCUUAAUGAUUAAUUCGUGAUUAUUAAUUGUUGGUUGUCAAAUAUUAAUGAUUAUUAAUUAUUGAUUACAAACAAUCAAUUAUUACAUUAUUACCAUUACAACGUUUUCAUAAAAACCUGGACACCAAUUUUCUGGAGUGGGAGACGUUUUUUUUCUAUGGAAAUUACUUCUAAAACACUGACUUAAACUUUGGAGAAUUCUGGGCAUGAAAGCAAUCCACACCAGUCCAAACUUGUCAGCUGCUCUCAAAUUGUUACUUUUUUGAAGAAAAAAAAAUCUAUUUCCUAUGGAUGCAUGGGGACUGACCAACUAAAGACAUUGAGCAUUCUGACCAGGACUGGACAGCCCAGUUGAGCAUUUUGUCACACUAUGAAAUGAUCCAAUGUGAAGAUUUAUUAUUCUUAUUACUAUAAAUAUAUAUAUAAAAAGAGAAAUCACUUUUAUUUGUGGAUAUUACAGGGAAGAAUUGAUUUGGUUAAUAAAGUCCUUAGUCAUGUUUGCACAUAUCUCGUUUUGAUUAGGAAAUCAAGUCUCUGUUGAUCUGUGUCCCAUCUGAUGGUGCAAUAUGAAAAAAGAUAUGAAAAUUAUAUGAAUACUAUUGAUCUAUACUAUACUGUAUUGAAAAAAAAGAACUUAUGUUGUGAGUAUACUUACAGGGCGGGACAAACUCCAGCUAUGUAUUCAGGUGUAGUUUACCACUACUAAUUUGCCAGGGUGGUAGACGAUGUUAGCUAGAACAAGGAGGGUUAGAGAUAACGGUUUGCACUUCACGACACCCAAAACAGUGUCCAGGCUGAGGCCUCUAUUCUCAGUGCACUAGGUAGAGUCUACAUGGCUCUCACUCCUGAUCCGUAGACCUAUUGCUGCUGCACUGCAGUGAGACUCCUCUACAGGGAAAACUUGAGACAAUCCAAUACAACCCCCCCCCCCUUCAAACCAAACGUAAAAGUCUAUGGGACUACAGUAUCUAAAGUGUGGAUAUAAGAAGCUGUUUAUGUUGUUGUCUACCCUGGCCCAUUUUUGUUCUUCUUAAUUCUUUUCUUUUUUUAGUCCUGAUGGGAGAGUUUGAUAAGAAUGCUGUGAGGUCUUUAUGCCAGUUUCUAUGGGUUAGUUGAAUUACUUGUCUUCAUUAUGAUAUUCCUUUUAACAAAUAUGUCGCUUUUUAUUUUUAACAUGGGUGUUCACUAUGGUGGCACUAAAAUAAAGAGAAACUAACACAGAGUUACAAUUUGAUUAAUAAAAAGGCUGUUCCCCAAAUCUUCCUCCACAGUUUGACAUGAAUGACUGGUGAUGGCAUAAAAACAGACAUAGCUUGAUGCCACGGGUCCCACAUCUAAAGUGAAUAUGAACUAGAUUCAUCAUCCAUCACUUUUUAUGUACCAGCACUCAUGCAUCUCACAAUACUCAAAUCUCUAUAUUAAA